CAGAGAGAGAGGGAUGGUGGGUUUCUGUGCGAGAACUCAACACUGUUUGCUGUCACAGUUUUAUUUGGAGACUUCUGAGAGUGAACUGAGUGAACCAGACUGACCAUGAAACUUGCGCACUUUAAGAAAUGGACCAGCCAGAAUCAUCCGAGAGUGUCACCUCACAUCCUAAAGGCUUGACUGAGCACGUUCCGUCACCCUUUGUGACCGCCUGCACCUCUGUUAGCACCAGCACUGUGGCAUUAUCAUCCUCAUCGUCAGCCAUCCCCCAGCCCAACUCGAGUAGCAAACCUUGGAGAAGCAAAUCUCAGAGCACCAAGCCCACCGCUACCUCCAUCAAAGCAGAUGUUCAAGCCAAGCAGCCUGUGUCUGCAGAACCGCCCCCUAAAGCUCUGCCUCAGAAGUCCAUGUUGGAGAAACUCAAACUUUUCAACAGCAAAGGAGGCUCCAAGUCUUCCACACAAACAGAGGGUGCUAUUACACCAACGUCAGGAGGGAAAGAUGGCGGUUUGGUUUUGGAAAGAGUAGAAGCUGGUUCGAAUAAAGAACCUCCGGAGGAAAUUGAUGGAAACGUCAGACCCGUGAACAGCUUGAGCGCUGUCACGAUGACAACCAGCAGCCCAAAGAUUGCUUUGAAGGGGAUUGCACAACGGACCUUUAGUCGGGCGCUCACAGCGAAGAAAGGCUCAACUAAGGCAGUGGAUAAAGAAAAGGAAAAGGAAAAAGAAAAAGAACGAGCUAAGGAAAAAGACAAAAAUGGAAAAGAGGGGUUGAAGCACGUCCCUGCCACGGAAAAAGUAGAGGAAGUUAAUGAAGAAGUCGUUGCUUCAAGUGGUGUUACUUGUUCUGAGGCUGAGCCCAGGAAAACCUCUAAAAUCGCAAGCCUGAUACCCAAAGGCAGCAAAGCAGGCUGUACCAAGAAAGAUGGCUCCGCCCCUGUGCAAAGUGGUAUCCCAAAACCAGGAAGUAAAACCACAGGAAACGGAGCCGUGAAAAGCUCAGCGUUGCCCCUCGGUGGUAAAGACAAUGAGAGGCCACGCAGUAUGCGUCUUGGAGGGGGUCUGGGACUUCACAGGGACAGGAGAAAUUCCUCAUCUUCUUCUAGCCUGGCUUCCACUGAGGGCAAAGCACAUCAAACACACAGUGCCGCCCCAGUGGCCAAUGGAAGCAGUACACAAUCGACAGCCAGCAACACAGUCAGUGUGCAGCUCCCUCAGCCCCAGCAGCAAUACAGCCAUCCUAAUACAGCCACCGUUGCACCCUUUAUGUACAGGUCUCAGAGUGAGGCAGAUGGAAACGUUAGCACAAUCCCGAGUUCUGGAUGUCUUGGUAGUGACUCCAGUAGCUUGAAUAAGAUCAACCAGAGUUCUACGGAGGACCUGUCAGGUGAAGAUCCUGAGACCAGACGAUUGAGGACUGUCAAAAACAUUGCUGACCUACGGCAGAAUCUGGAAGAGACCAUGUCUAGUUUGCGUGGGACGCAAGUCACGCACAGCACACUGGAGACCACUUUUGAUGGCGGUGUGACCACUGAAAUGAGCAGUCGCAGCAUCCUCAGCAUGGCAUCUAGGUCUGCACCGUUGUCCUGGGCGAGUCGCAUGGGCCAGUCCAGUCCCCGUCUACAAGCGGGAGACGCACCCUCGGUCGGGAACGGGUACCAAUCCCGGAGCGGAGGGGUGACGUCCAACCAGGGUCGAUACCUGUACCAGGCUCCUCUCAGGAAGCAGCUGGCAGCACGUGGCAGCGCCCUCUGUGGCUUGGGAGACAGAGUGGAGGAUCUGGAGCUGGCGGGCGUGGGUCUGGAAAUGAGCGGCUACAUGAGUGAUGGAGAUGUGCUGGCGAAGAACACCCAGGCUGAUGAGCUGACCAGCGGGUACAUGACGGAUGGCGGAUUAAGUCUGUAUACACGGCGGUUGAACCAGUUGCCGGAUGGCAUGGCAAUGGUACGGGAAAGUUUACAGCGCAAUGCCUCCACCGGACAGGGAGAUGCAGACAGUUGGGACGACAGUAGUUCAGUCAGCAGUGGAAUCAGUGAUGCCAUUGAUACUGAUGACAUCAACACCAGCUCAUCCAUCAGUUCUUACGCCAACACUCCUGCUGCGCCCCGUAAGGCCCUGAAUGGACAGCCUCGGACAGAUGCCGAGAAGCACUCAGCAGCAGAAUGCAUCUCCGCCUGGUCUGGUGAUGAGCUAAAAAAGUCAGAUGCGGGCUUUGACUGCGGGGUUAAAAUGGAAGGGGGUCUAAAAUGGCGGAGGAACCCUUCGGAUGUAUCGGAGGAAUCGGAUAAGAGCAGCUCAGGGAGGAAAACUGCACCCAUCACUCAGACCGGCUCCUGGAGGAGGGGUAUGAGCGCGCAGGUGGGCGUGACCACACCGCGGACGAAAAGCACAACCGUGACCACGGGAUCCGCCAUGAUUAAGACACAAGGGACGGGUAAAACAGAUGAUGCAAAGGUCUCCGAAAAAGGCCGUAUGUCUCCUUGUUCCAACGUCGUCCAGCAUUCGUCCUCCGAUGCCGGUCGUAGCAGCGGAGACGAAGCCAAGAAAACACCCGCAGGCAGAGUCCCUACCAGCACAUUUGGAUUCAAGAAGCCCAACGGUGUCCACGGACCUGCUACUAUAGUAGCCACCUCUAGCAUCACGCUGGUGACAGCGAGUGGCGCCACCAUAACUAGCGGUUCAGCCACCUUGGGCAAGAUUCCCAAGUCCUCCGCCCUGCUUGUGGGGGGAAGAGGGUCAUUAAAGGGGGCUGUGGAUGGUUUGUUGCCCCCUCAAGAUGAUGGCUACCUGUCCCCCAAUUCUCGCUCCACACUGCAGUAUCGCAGUCUACCUCGUCCCGCCCGCUCUGGAGCUGCGGCCCGUAAUGGAAAUCGUUCAUCUACAAGCAGCAUCGAGUCAAGCCUGAGCACUCGAACAGUCGCCCUCACUGCCAAUAAGCCAAGAGACUCCACCCCUAAAACCAACGGGCAUGCAGUCCAAGCCAAUCAGACGGACAAGGAGAAGGGAGUGGUCUCUGAAGUGGACAACCUGAGAGUCAGUUCGAUUGUUUCAGGUGGAGGAGCGGCAACUAUUCCACAGACAGCGAGACAGGGAAGCAAGUAUGCAGAGGUGUCGUCGCCAACAUUGCGAAGACUUUUUGGAGGCAAGGCUGCCAAGCAAGCUCCAGUCACCACCGCAGAGAGCAUGAAAAACUCAGUGGUCAUCUCCAACCCCCACGCUACCCUGGGUCACACCCAGUCCUCUGGUGGGCCCUUGGACACCCCCUCCACGAUACCAGGCAGUGGCGCCAGCAGUCCCCUGUACGGGGGUCGUGGAGCCAGCAUAGGUGGCAGCGAACAAGCUUCAAGCCCUGGUUCAGUGUACUCUACGGGCACUGGGACCUGGGGAACUACCAUCAGCAGCUCUUCUGCCCUUGGAUACCCCUCCGUCAGUAGCAUGCAUACCAGCAGCGAGUCCAUUGAUAUGUCGGUAGGCAGCGGGCAUCAUCGUGACGAUGCCCACACACCACUGAUAAGAACGGGGAGUGCUAAGACGGGCAUGUCAGAGAGUCCCCUCUCUUCUCCCUCUGCGAGUCCUAAAUUUAGCCGUAACACAUUGCCACGGAAGCAAGACAGCGAUUCAGGCAGCAAUAGAAACACUCUGCCCAAGACGGGUUGCAGGUACGGCCCCUCACAUCAGCUCCGUCAGGAAGAGGCACGUGAUUGGCUGCGCUCACAUUCUGCAGGCGGAUUGCAGGAUUCGGCCAGUAACUCUCCCUUCUCCACUGGUUCCAGUCUGACGUCACCCUCCGGGACACGUUUUAACUUUGCACAACUUGGCAGUCCCACCACAGGUGCUCAAAUAAACCUGGCAAGUCUGCACAACAGCAGCCUAACUAAUCAGGACAAUCCACUGGAAACCCACAGUGACACCCGCUUGCGCAACUCCUGCAUGUCACUGGACGAAAAGACCCGGACCAUGAGCCGGUCGGGAUCCUUCAGGGAUGGGUUUGAGGAAGUUCAUGGAUCAUCCCUCUCGUUGGUUUCCAGCGCCUCUUCUGUCUAUUCAACGACGGAGGAGAAAUCACAGUCAGAGAUCCGCAAACUACGCCGAGAGCUGGAUUCCUCCCAGGAAAAGGUGUCCGCCCUGACAACCCAACUGAGUGCCAAUGCUCACCUGGUGGCAGCGUUUGAACAGAGUCUGGGCAACAUGACCAUUCGCCUCAAGAGUCUCACCAUGACAGCAGAGCAGAAGGACUCUGAGCUGAAUGAGUUGAGGAAAACCAUCAAACUGCUAAAGAAGCAAAACUCUGUGGCUCAAGCAGCCAUCAACGGAGUCAUCAACACUCCCGAACUCACCUGCAAGGGUGAACGCACAGGUAAUAACGGUUCUGCUCACGGAGUGCAACCGGACCUGCGCAUGCGCAGACAGCACUCAUCUGACAGCGUCUCAAGCAUCACCAGUGCCACUAGCCACUCCAGUCUGGGCUCCAACAUGGACAACCCCGACUCCAGCAGCAAGAAGAAGAAGAAGAACUGGCUGCGGAGCUCCUUCAAGCAGGCCUUCAGUAAGAAGAAAUCACCCAAGUCUGCCUCAUCCCACUCAGACAUUGAAGAGAUGACAGACUCUUCUCUCCCUUCUUCCCCCAAACUCACUCACAAUGGCACAAGCACCUCAGAGAUGCUGCUCCGAAACACACACUCCAGCUCUCUACUAUCAGACUGUCUGGAUGGAGAGGCAGAGACUGUAAUGCAGCUGCGCAAUGAGCUUCGAGAGAAGGAGAUGAAGUUGACGGACAUUCGGCUGGAAGCCCUUAGCUCUGCGCACCAGCUGGAUCAGCUGCGGGAGACCAUGAACCGCAUGCAGGUGGAGAUUGAGAAGCUAAAGACAGAAAAUGAUCGUCUUAAAUUGGAAAGCCAAGCCAGUGGGAGCCGAGUGUCCUCUCAAGUGUCCGUCUAUAAUCCUACACCGACUCCAACACCUGGCCUCCCUCAACACAGUCUAAACCUCACAGAAUCCACCAGCUUCGACAUGUUGCUGGAUGAUUCCGGUGGAGACGGAGGCUCCCGUAAAGAGAGCAGACACGUGAAAAUUGUUGUCAGUCUUCAUGAGGACAUUACAUGGAAAGAGGAGUGCACGCCUCGAGACUUCCUGAUUGGUUGCAUUGGUGUCAGUGGAAAAACCAAAUGGGAUAUUCUUGAUGGUGUAGUACGGCGCUUGUUUAAGGAGUACAUCAGGCAUGUUGAUCCAGUCAGUCAGCUUGGACUAGGCUCAGACAGUGUGGAGGAGUAUCGUAUUGGAGACCUGGUCCGGUCUAAUGGAGCAAACACUCCUGAACUCUUGCCCUGUGGAUACCUCGUUGGAGAGAAUGACACCAUCAAUAUCUCCCUGAAAGGUGUAAACUCUCAGUCACAGGAUUCUCUGGUCUUUGAGACGUUGAUCCCAAAACCCAUGCUGCAGCGCUAUGUGUCGUUGCUCCAGGAGCAUCGAAGAAUAAUCCUCUCUGGUCCCAGUGGCACUGGAAAAACAUAUCUGGCCCACAGACUGGCAGAGCACCUGGCACUGCAAGAGGUCAAACUGCCCAAUGAGAGCAACAUUGCCACCUUCAAUGUUGAUCAUAAAUCCAGCAAGGAGUUGCGUCAGUACUUAGCAAACGUCGUGGAACAGUGUAGAGCUGAUGGGCAGGAGACCGAAGCCCCUCUAGUGCUCAUUCUGGACAACCUGCACCAUAUCAGCUCACUGGGAGAGGUAUUCAAUGGCCUGCUCAACUGCAAAUACCAGCGCUGCCCGUAUAUUAUUGGCACGAUGAGCCAGGCGACAUCAUCUGCUCCAAACCUGCAGCUCCAUCAUAACUUCAGGUGGGUGUUGUGUGCUAAUCACAUGGAGCCGGUGAAAGGUUUCCUGGGCCGGUUUCUGAGGAGGAAGCUGAUCGAGACUGAGAUCGGCAGCCGAGCGAGGAACCCAGAGCUGGUGAAGAUCAUAGACUGGAUCCCUCAAGUCUGGCACCACCUGAACCAUUUCCUGGAGGCCCACAGCUCCUCUGAUGUGACAAUUGGUCCGCGUCUGUUUUUGUCUUGUCCGAUGGAUGUAGAUGGGUCACGUGUGUGGUUCACAGACUUGUGGAACUAUUCCAUCAUUCCCUACAUGCUGGAGGCUGUGAGAGAGGGACUCCAGCUCUACGGGCGCAGAGCAGCAUGGGAGGAUCCUGCACUGUGGGUGCUGGAGACGUUUCCAUGGGUGACCACUCAUCAACACCCUGAUUGGCCAGCAUUGUUGCAGCUCCGCCCAGAGGAUGUGGGCUUUGAUGGAUACUCUGCAUCUAGAGAGGGCGUCAACAAGCAGAGUACUCAGAGUGACAGUGAUGCCGACCCACUGAUGAACAUGCUGUUGCGACUGAAGGAGGCGGCCAGCUGCUCUAGUCCACAGAGUUAUGACAGCGACUCCAAUAGCAACAGUCACCAUGACGACAUCCUGAACUCUUCACUGGAGUCCACACUAUGAUCCAGCCUGAUCUGAUAUGCCUUUAAAUUUCCUUCUCUAAGGACACACUUUGAACAUUGAUGCCGACUGAGGUAGCAGAAUCAAGUCAUUACAUCACUUCUAUAUCAUAAAGGGUGCUGGUAACCCUGAGAAAGAAAUUAUGCUUCAUUUAAAAAGAUGUAUAUAGAGAGAGAGAGAGAGACAGAGAGAGAGAGAAAUAUAUGCGCCAAAACUGAACAGUACUUCAAGCUGCCUCGUGUGUGCUAUCACUUUGAUAUUAGGAAUCUUACUACAGCAUUAAACAAAAACAGAAAUAUUGCUUCAUCGUAAGGAUUUACUGUACCUCAAAUCGAAUCGAAAGAAACAUUUUCGCACACAAUGCAAUUCAUCAAUGGAUGGCAUCAGUGUUUCCUCCCAUUGACUUUCCCAUUACUGGUGGGCCGUACACCCUCACAAAACCAGCUUUAUCGUAUCCCAUCGUUUAAUAUCUUACUCCAUAAAAAUAUGUUCGAAAUGAGACGGUGCUACACUUUAUUGUGAUGAUUAGACCGAAAACCUCAGAUACCACCUGGGAUGUGCUUUUUGUGCUCUUAUGCAUAUAUUUAUUUUAAAACCACCAUCUCCAUCACUCCUGAUCUUACCUGCUGAACCCUGACCUUAACUGCUGACAAUGCAUGAUCCAGCUGAACUCCUGUACUCUAUACAAGUGUUCUACUGUAGCACAAAGCGUGUCUCUAUAUUUUUUACACUCAAUUGCUCUCUUUUUGGUGCUGAAUGGAACCUGCUGCCUUACUCCAUUUUGUACUCCAAGGCACUAUGUUUUAUACUUCGGGAAAAAACUGAUUUAAAUAUAUUUUGUAAAUUAAACUACAGGGCUCUACGCUACUCCUUGAGUUUGCCUAUAAAACAGCCUCAUAGUCAACAUAUCAUGCCACACAUUUUUUGAGGCACAAUAAUGUGACAAGAUGAAGUGGAAUAAAACAGUGACAGGGCAAUUGUAACUCCAUAUAUUUUUAUUUUUAUUAUUUUUAUUAUUUUUUUCUGUUCAGCACAGUGAAUAAUUACAAUAGCGACUCACUGUUUCGUCCAGAGGCUAGGGAUAGUUCACCCAUAGUUAAUUUUCUCACCCUCAUGUCAUACCAGAUGUGUAUGACUUUCUAUGUUCUGGAGAACACAAUGAUUUGAGAAUAUUUCAGCUCUGUUGGUUCAUACAAUGCAAGUGAAUGGUGACCAAAACUUUGAAGCUCCAAAAAGCACAUAAAUGCAGCAUAAAAAUAAUCCAGAUGGCUCCAGUGGUUUAAUCAAUCUCUUUUGAAGCGAUCCAAUCUAUUUAGGGUGAAAACAGACAAAAAUACAACUUCCUAGCGCCAUCUAGCACUCUACGCAUGUGUAAAGCACUUUUAAGUGUAACAAGCUUGAAAUCAUGACAGUGCCUAGAAAAUGCAAUGGAGAGAUGUACAGUUAAAAAUAGUCACAUUUAAGUCUGUUUUUCAACCAAAACCAAAGUUCUGGUCACCAUUCACUUGCAUUGGAUAGUCUAACAGAGCUGAGAUAUUCUUCUAAAAAUCUUCACUUGUGUUCUGCAGAAGAAAGAAAGUCAUACACAUCUGAGAUGGCAUGAGGGUGAGUAAACAAUGAGAGAAUUUUCAUUUGUGGGUGAACUAUCCCUUUAAUUGGCAGUUUUAUAACAUUCUAACAUCACUUGCUGUUGUCAUUUUGGAAUUUAUAUACUAGAAAAAGUAUGCUUUGUUGCUUUUAUAUACCUGAAAUGUAUUUUAUGUAUAGUGGGAGGAGUGUUAGGCUUCGCUUUAUGCUUAAGGAAGUUCUCAACACAUCUUGGCAAAAGCACAGUAUGAUGCAGAAGAGUUUGUUCAUCAUUUGGUGUAUGAGUAUACCUCAUUGACCAUUUUGGCCUUUGUCAUGUACAUAUCUUGGGUUCAAUGUGAAAGAUUAACAAACACCCACGGAGACAUUGGAUAAAUGAUAUACUGUAUUUGCUGCUUGAUAUUGCAGGGGCAGUUCUGGAUGAUGUGUAAAUACAAUUUUAUCUUUGAUUGUCCAUAAAGGAAACAUAUUUGGAUGGAUAGAGAGUUUACUUGCAUGGGAAAACAAAAUAUAUGGGGCUAUUCAGUGUUUUCACCUCAUUUAUACAAAUUGGUUUUCAGAUGUUCUUUGUAUGGCACUACAGGAUUUUGUUUUACAACACUGGUUCCAUUUCACUGCAAUGCACUGUACAAGUCAUCAAUCCUAUGCAACAUCAUCUUGGAUUUCAAAUGAAAGCCAAAUGUCAUAGCUCUGUAAUGCUAUCAGCACUGCCAAUGCGUUAUGUGUACACAGUGUAUAUAAUUUGUGAAUAUGUUUAGGAUAUGUGCCUAAUGUGCUUUCUUUCACAGUUAUGAUGAUGAUGAUGAUGAUGAGUAAAUGUAAGCACAAACGUUGUAUGUGUUGAUUGUUGUAAUUGAUUCAAGAGGGCUAUAUCUGAAUGGGAUUCAUGUCAUUGAUUUUGCACUUUGCUCUAACAUUGUUUCUU